AUGGUGGUAAAAUAUACAAUGUCGAUGUCCUUUUUCGUCAUUUUCGCUUCUACUGUUACUAUCAUCGUUCAUGGUUUCCCAUCGACACUCGACGGUCCGCUUAACCCCGUUACUGCUCCACUCGACCCGAAUCUUAACCCGAUUGCAUUCGACUUACCAGAAUCCGACCCGAGUUUCGUAAAACCCAUUUCGGAGUUUCUUCUUCCCGAACAGAUCUCUGUCUCUCUCUCUUACAGCUUUGACUCCGUCUGGAUUUCUUGGGUCACAGGUCUCUAUUUGUCUCUUCAACUUUCUUUACCUUUCGGAAAAAACAAUUUUUUUUACUACAAAAGUCUUGAAAUAUUAUUAAAUUCUCAAAAUUGGACUUAUUUAUGUUUACAAAAAUGUGGAAUGUGUGAUUAGUUUAUCUUGAAAGUACAUAAAGGUUUAAUCUUUUUGAGCCAAGAGCUGGAUCUACUUAAGAAGCUUCAUCAAGAUUUUUGCUUAAAUAUUCAUCCUUUAAGUUAACUAUUUGCAUUUGUCUGAACUCUGAAGCAUGGUUGUUGUAUUAUAUACUACAGGGGAAUACCAAAUUGGUGAAAAAGAUUCUGCACCUCUGGAUCCUAAUUGUGUGCAAAGCAUAGUUCAAUACCGUGAAUUCGAUGUUCGUCGUACUAGGAAGCAAAAUGCAACAGGCCAUUCUAUUGUUUAUAACCAACAGUAUUCUUCUGAGAAUGGUUUCAUGAACUAUACUUCAGGCAUCAUUCACCAUGUUCAACUCACAGGUCUUAAACCAAACACAUUGUACCGAUACCAAUGCGGAGACCCGUCUUUAUCAGCAAUGAGCAAAGAGUAUUACUUCAGGACAAUGCCUAAGUCUACAUCAGAGAAUUAUCCACACAGAAUCGUUGUGGCUGGAGAUUUGGGUCUUACUUACAACACAUCAACUGUUUUGGGGCAUAUUCUGUCUAACCAUCCAGAUCUUGUGGUUUUACUUGGAGGAUUCAGCUACGCUGAUACUUAUCUUGCGAAUAAGACUAAACUAGAUUGUAGUUCUUGUCAUUGUGACCAAAAUGGAACUAGUUCUGAUUGUGGUUCUUGUUAUUCUAGUGGAGAAACUUAUCAGCCUCGCUGGGAUUAUUGGGGAAGGUUCAUGGAGCCACUCACGGCUAAUGUUCCAACCAUGAUGGUAGCAGGGGAGCACGAGAUUGAGCCGCAGACCGAGAAUAAUCUGACAUUCGCUGCAUACAGUUCAAGAUUCGCAUUCCCUUCAAACGAAAGCGGUUCUUUCUCACCAUUAUACUAUUCUUUCAACGCGGGAGGAGCUCAUUUCAUAGUGCUCAAUUCAUACACACUUUAUGAUAACUCAUCUGAUCAGUAUAUUUGGCUUGAAAGUGACCUGAUCAAAAUAAACAGAUCAGAAACUCCAUGGGUGGUUGCAACUUGGAGUCUUCCUUGGUACAGCACAUUCAAAGGGCAUUACAGAGAAGCUGAAUCAAUGAGGAUUCACCUUGAAGACUUGCUCUAUAACUACCGAGUCGAUAUCGUCUUCAAUAGUCAUGUUGAUGCAUAUGAGAGAUCAAACAGAGUCUACAACUACACGUUAGACCAAUGUGGCCCGGUUUAUAUAACAACCGGUGCAGGAGGAGCUGGGAAGCUGGAGACUCAGCAUGUAGACGACCCAGGAAAUAUUCCAGAUCCUUCUCAGAACUACUCGUGCAGAUCCAGCGGCUUGAACUCCACGUUGGAGCCUGUAAAAGAUGAGACUUGUCCGGUUAAGCAGCCGGAGUAUAGCGCAUACAGAGAAAGCAGCUUCGGUUUCGGUAUACUAGAAGUAAGUUAGAUCUCUCUCUAUUCUUUAUCGCUUGAUGUUCAAGUAACCUACUAAGAAUAGUUCUUGGGCAUAAGCAUCAUGGAUCAAACUCAGAACCGGUCCGUUGUUUUCUCAGAUUGUACCAAUUUAAAAUUGCUUAAAACGAAGUGUUUUUUUUUACGUUGGCCUUUUCAGGUGAAGAAUGAGACGCAUGCAUUGUGGAGCUGGAACCGGAAUCAAGACCUGUACUAUCUCGCCGCCGACGUAAUACAUAUUGUACGUCAGCCUGAAAUGUGCUCGGUUUGCAACUAA